AUGACCAGUCGUCCUAUUCAAGCGGUUAUCUUUAACAAUCCUGGCUCAGACGUAGUGGAAGCAUCAUCCAGUUACCACCAUCAUGUGUAUGACACCAUCAAUAAGGGAGGAGUAGAUGGGCUCGAAUUCUAUACAUCACCAUACAAUGAACCUUAUCGGCGUUCCCCGUCCUCGUAUAUACCACCACCGCCACCAUCGCCUCCUUCAUCGUCUGCCAAUAUCGACUCGUCGUUUUGGAGUGCAUUUGGUACAGGUGGGUUUGCUGAUGAGCCACCUUUAUGCGAAGAAUUGGGUAUUAACUUUGAUCAUAUCAUUGCCAAGAGUCUAGUAGUAUUAAAUCCGAUACAACGAAAACUACCACCGGGAUUAGUCAAUGAUGGGGAUAUGGCAGGACCAUUGUUGUACCUCUUUGUGCUUGGUAUAUCACUCAUGCUGUCGGGCAAGAUGCAUUUCGGCUAUAUUUAUGGCGUUGGCGUGUUGGGUGUCUUGACGAUCAUGUUACUUUUCAAUCUGAUGAGCGACAAGGGAAUUGAUGGAUCUCGUACAGCUAGCGUGCUUGGAUACUGUUUAUUGCCUAUGGUGCUCCUCAGUGCAUAUACCAUCAUUUUUCCACUUACCGGCUUGUUAGGUUUCUUCUUAACGAUGCUUGCCAUUGUUUGGUGCACACACACAAGUUCGGAUAUGUUCAUUGCCAUGUUGUAUAUGGAGGAUCAACGUUUCCUAGUCAUGUAUCCAAUAGCUCUCUUUUACGCAAGUUUCGCACUGAUGACUGUUUAUUAA